CCCCUUAACCCUUCCUUGCCCAGCUGGGAGAAGGGAGUUUGCUCCUUUGGCCUCUCCCUCCUCCUCCUCCACUUCCUCUGGGUGGUUCCAACAUGGAGAGAUCCAACCUACCUGGACCUGAAGCAGGCAGGACUCCCAGGAGCAACGGGGAAUCCUGGGGAAGAACUAUGCAGAUGUUCCCAAGUGUGGACCUUUACAGCUCAGACAUACAGUGCCAGCGGUUCAGGCAGUGCUCCUACCAAGAGGGCGAGGGGCCCAGAGAGGUUUGCAGCCGCCUCCACGAUCUCUGCCACCAGUGGCUGAAGCCAGAGCAACACACCAAGGCUGAGAUACUGGACCUGGUGAUCCUGGAGCAGUUCCUGAGCCUCCUGCCCCCAGAGAUGGGGAGCUGGGUCCGAGAGUGUGGGGCAGAGACCUCUUCCCAGGCGGUGGCCCUGGCGGAAGGCUUCCUCCUGAGUCGGGCAGAGGACAAGAGGCAGGAAGAACAGGCCCAAAAUGACUGCACUGAAGUCUACCCUGAUGUCUCUGAAUCAGAGCAAAAUCCAUCAGAUAUCACCCAGAGGGCUGCAGCCUUGGACGGGGCUGGAAUGAUGUUGUUGCCAAAUCCGCAGUCGUUUCUUCCCCUUUGUGAUGGAGUGGAAGUGAAUCAGGGCCCAAUUGCCUUUGAUGACGUGGCUGUCCAUUUCUCCCUGGAGGAGUGGGUUCUCCUGAAUCAUGAUCAGAAAAUCUUGCACGUGCAGAUCAUGGAGGAGAUUCAUGGGAUUGUGGACUCUCUUGCAAAUAACUGGAAAAAGAGCAACGUAUGCACCCAAAACAGGAAGCAUUUGGGACAUGAUGGAGGCAUUCUUAGACACCAGCAAAGCUACAGAUGUUCUGCCAGAGAAAGGCCCUACAAAUGCAAUAUAUAUGGGCAGUGUUUUACGCAACAUAUGGGACUUAUACUUCACAAGACAUUCAGUGCUGGGAAAGGUAAUUGUAAAUGGAAAGUAUCAGCAAAAUGUGUUGCUGAUUACAAACUGCAAGAUCUGAGCCAACAAGAAAUCUUUGAAGGGAAUGAGGAUUUUAUCAGCUGCGAAUAUGGGAAAUCUUUUUUCCAGACUUCACACUUGGUGAAAAACAAGAGAUUUCACACAGGACAGGAACCGUACAGAUGCCAGGAGUGUGGGAAGUGUUUUGCUUACAGUUCAGAGUUGGUGAAGCACAAAAGACUUCACACCGGGGAGAAGCCAUACCAAUGUCAGGAGUGUGGGAAAUGUUUUCCUUGGCAGUCAUCACUUCUGAGACACUGGAGAAUCCAUACAGGAAAGAAGCCGUACAAAUGUCAAGAGUGUGGGAAAUGUUUUGCUGACAGUUCAGCCUUGGUGAGGCACAAAAGACUUCACACUGGGGAGAAACCAUACAAGUGCCAGGAGUGUGGGAAAUGUUUUGCUUAUUGUUCAGUCUUGGUGAGGCACAAAAGACUCCACUCAGGAGAGAAGCCAUACCAAUGCCAGGAGUGUGGGAAGUGUUUUGUUGAGAGUUCAGCCUUGAUGAGGCACAGAAGACUCCACAGAGGAGAGAAGCUAUUCAGAUGCCAGGAAUGUGGGAAAUGUUUUGCUGACAUUUCAUAUUUGGUGAGGCACAAAAGACUCCACACAGGAGAGAAGUCAUUCCGAUGCCAGGAGUGUGGGAAAUCUUUUGUUUACAGUUCACAUUUGUUGUGGCACAAAAGAGUCCACACAGGAGAGAAGCCAUACCAAUGUCAGGAGUGUGGGAAAUGUUUUGCUUCCAGUUCAGACUUGGUGAGGCACAAAAGAGUCCACACUGGAGAAAGGCCAUACCAGUGCCAGGAGUGUGGGAAAUGUUUUGGUUCCAGUUCAGACUUGGUGAAGCACAAAAGAGUCCACAUUGCAGAGAAGCCAUACACAUGCCAGGAGUGUAAGAAAUGCUUCCCUUGGAAGUCAUCACUUCUUAGACACUGGAGGAUCCAUACAGGAAAGAAACCGUACAAAUGCCAGGAUUGUGGAAAAUGUUUUACUCAAAAUUCAUCCCUUGUAAGCCACCAGAGAAGUCAUACAGGAGAAAAACCAUACAGAUGCCCAGAUUGUGGGAAAUGUUUUUCCUACAGUUCACACUUGGUGAGGCACAAAAGACUUCACACAGGAGAGAAGCCACACAAAUGCCAGGAGUGUGGGAAAUGUUUUAAUCAAAGUGCAUCCCUUGUGAGCCACCAAAGAGUUCACACAGGAGAAAAACCAUACAAAUGCAUGGAUUGUGGGAAAAGUUUUCCUUAUUCUUCAUCCCUUAGGAAGCACCAGAGAAUUCACACAGGUUAAAAAACGUACAAAUGCCAGGCAUAUGGGAAAUAUUUUCUUUGGGGUCCAUACUUUUUUAACCAUAAGAGACUACAUACAGGAGAUAAAUCAUCCAAAGAGCUGGGACAAAACUAAAAAUAUAUGUUAUAAUAGGGAAGGGGCAGGUUCUGGACAUUCUGGUGCUGCAGACCACACAUUUAACAUUUCCCAAUGAACACCUGUUUCUUACAACUGUACUCUCGGUUUAACUUCUGAUAUGAUAAAUAAAUUCCCUUGGCUUCAAGUACCACUUGGCUUGACUUUGGACGGAUCUCUUAGAUAACUCUUUUUGGUUUUGAACUCUUGUUCAGUUUUUUGUUUUGCUUUGCUUGACUUGGGACUGUUUUGGAGAACUCUUUUGCUUCUCUGGGACUGGACUGCGUUUCCCCUUGUCAGCCUUUGUGGGUAAACAUUUCAAACAGGAUGCUUUGAGAUGUCCUGCCUAAGAUUUGAUUGAGUGCCCUUUCUUGUCAUUUAAAUCCCGAAGUUGAAGCCCGCUUUUCUGGAGCAGCAGAAAGCAAACUCUGUGUGACAAUCCUUCAGAGGGGUAAAUAUGAUUGUCAUGUCACUUUAAAAAAAACUAAUUUCAUCAGUUGUUCCUCUGGGCUGUUUCCAGCUGCUUUACUACCUUGGUUGCAGAUUUCCAGUUUGUGAAUGCUGUUUUUCAGCCGGGAUUCCAGAAUUUAACACGAUGCUUCUGUUGAGGCCAAGCCAAAGGAAAAGAUGCUUGCACUAUUAUUUCCCUUGAUGUGCAAAUCGUAUCUCUGGCUAGAAUUUGCUGUUUCCCUGCUCCUGGCACACACAUUAAAACUGAAAAAACACGAGCCAAAGAAGUGUAUGAUUUUAUUUUGUUUAAUGAUGACAUGUUUAUUUGAUUUGUUUAAACAGUCAGGUUUAGUUAAUUUAAAAUGGUGAGUAUUAGAGCUGUUAAUACCAGCAUUGAAGAACCGGUUGCUAUGACAACGGGGGCGGAGCCAACCGCCAUUUGGAAAGGAAAAGGGGAAUGUUUUAAAACCCAGUUUGAGUCUGUGAUUUUUAGUCGCAGGAAGAAGACUGAUUCUCAUGUGGAGGAUCAGGGUGGCUCAAAUAAAAGAAUUUGAGUCAGGUCUAAAAUAAAAGGAUUUAUUUUAGACAGUCUGUGAUUUUAAAUCACAGGGAGCAGUCUGGUUUCAAGACUGAAGGGAACCAGAGGGACAGACCUCUAUUAGGCCAGACUAAGCAAGUUAGGGGACUUGUUUAGGGUCAUUUACAGAGGCUGUGGAUUAGGGAAAGUUAAUCCCAGUAGAUCCAGGAGGAUCAGGUUUUAGUUUAGCUGAGAGGAAGAAGUAUUUUGAAAGUUUGAACACCUCAUAUCUGUUUGUAACCAUUAAGCUAAGUGCCUUUAAAAAGUUGUAAGAAACCAUCAAGCUCUGUACAUGCAAUAAACUUGUUUUAAUUUUAUUCCA